GGUGAAUUGUCGGUGAUGGCGGCUCUCGGCGUUCGGUGCUCCAGGAGGCUCCUCCCCCUUCUGGGGGCCCCCCGACCCCUCCAUACCAGCCCGGGAAACCCCUCCGCCAGGGUGGCUGUGGUUCUGUCCGGCUGUGGAGUUUAUGAUGGGACGGAAAUCCACGAGGCCUCAGCUAUUCUUGUCCACCUGAGCCGCCAGGGGGCCGAAGUGAAGAUGUUUGCCCCGGACAUCCCUCAGAUGCACGUCAUCGAUCACAGCAAGGGACAGCCAAGCCAGGAGAACAGGAACGUAUUGGUGGAAUCUGCCCGCCUGGCACGUGGUGACGUCACAGCCUUGUCCAAGCUGAGCGCUAAGGAUCACGAUGCCGUCAUAUUCCCGGGAGGUUUCGGAGCAGCAAAGAACCUCUCCUCCUUCGCGGUGGAUGGCGAGUCGUGCAGCGUCCACAGUGAGGUGGAGCGAGUUCUCCAGGACUUCAGGAAAGCAGAGAAGCCAAUCGGGCUGUGCUGUAUCGCUCCCGUCCUGGCCGCGAAGGUGAUCCCCGGUGUGGAGGUGACGGUGGGACAGGAGGAAGAACAGGGAGGGAAAUGGCCGUAUUGUGGGACCACGAAAGCCAUCCAAGCCAUGGGAGGAAAGCACAGCGCCAAGGAGGUUCACGAAGUCCACGUGGACAAGUCACACAAAGUGGUCACCACUCCGGCCUUCAUGGGUCAGGCUCCUCUGCACACGAUAUUUGAUGGGAUUGGAUCCAUGGUGUCCAACGUCCUCAGACUGACCGGAAAGUGA